UGCCCGGCGUUAUGACACCUGUGAGAAGCCUUACGAUUGCUGCGGUAAUUCAUUUGGCCACAUCUACAUUUUUGUUGGAGCUACUCUAGUAGCAACUUUCAAUGCUAUUGUGCUCGGACGGUCUAGUCACGGCACCUUAAAUACCAGUUCUUUUCUUUGAACUGGGUUCCUCCUCUCGAGCAUGUUUAAGCUUCGUCUCACAAUUCUUUGCCUACUAUGCGGACAUCUUUCGGAGACCAUGGCCUUCCCAAACAUUUUCAGUAAGGCUAAUUGGAACGUCGGAGUGUCACCGGUCAGUUCUGAAUGGCCAAAUACCACGUUACCGACGAAGAGAGAAACUGCGCCCAAUGGGUCUACUAUACUGUGGGUUAUUCAAGACACCUAUGAGGGCAGUACUUUUUUCGAUACAUUUGACUUUUACACUGGUCCAGAUCCUACAAAUGGUUUGGUGACUUUUGUUGACCGACAGACAGCAUUCAACAGCGGUCUGGCAAAUGUGACCGCAGACAACAAGGUCAUCAUGCAGGGCGACAAUACAACCCAGCUUGCAUAUGGGGUCAACAGAAGCAGUGUCCGCAUAUCAAGUCAGACUGAGUACAACAUGGGUCUCUUCAUUCUAGAUGUGGAAAUGGCACCAUGGGGUUGCGGUGUUUGGCCUGCAUUCUGGACGGUUGGGAGUGGGGAAUGGCCAUGGAACGGCGAAAUAGACAUCAUUGAGGGUGUGCACAACAACGAAUACAACCAAAUCACCUGGCAUACUGCUCCUGGUUGCAACUUGACCCAAGGUACCAACUUCUCGGGAACGAUUGUGCAAACGAAUGGCGUGGAUAACCUUCAAUGCGACGCGUUCAUCAACAACAACGCAGGGUGCGGAGUGACAGAAUGGAGUCGCGCAUCAUAUGGCCCAUUUUUUGACGCACAAGAAGGCGGAGUCUUUGCUAUGAAUUGGGAUGAAAAUGGCAUAGCAGUUUGGUCAUUUUACCGCGCACUUAUUCCUGUGGACAUUACACAGGGAGAACCAAAUCCAUCCAAUUGGGGCGAACCUGAUGCUGCACUGUCUACCCAGUCGUGUAAUAUUACUCAAUUCUUCGCAAACCACUCGAUCGUAUUCGACAUCACGUUUUGCGGUGACUGGGCUGGCAACUCAUACGCUACGUCAGGUUGUCCUGGCACCUGCGAGAACAGGCUAAUGGAUCCGACCAAUUUUGAUAAUGCCACCUGGAUCAUCAAAUCGCUCAAAGUCUACAAGCAGGCUUGGUUGGUGACGUCGAGCGCAACCCGAACACAUCCAAUCAUGAACUUAGGAACGACUAGCUGGAUUUUGUUUACAGUGAUAUUCUCACACAUCGUGAUUGUCUCGCUUUGAGAUGUUGGCUGUCCAAGUGGAGACAUGACAAACUAUUUGACGAACUAUAGACGAUCAGAGGAACACAACAGUGAUACCACGGGGACCUGUCAAUAGAUCUUGAACCCCUAACAUUUGCCUUACGACUCGCUUGUAAUGAAUGAUAUUGGUGAUAUCAGAGAACUAGCAU